CAAAAUUUACGUUUAAUCGAUUGAAGAGACUGAGGAGCUAGAGAGUACUCGACGGUAUGCCGAGAUUAAGAGAUUCAGAUUCUGAUGAUUCCCGUUUGAUCGUUAGCAGAUUCUUAGAUUCAGAAGCAGAAGACUCUCCAGAUUCAGAAGAUCUGGAUAGCCCUUUGAUCCACCGGCGGAGAUUCUCAGAUUCAGAUUCUGAUGAUAACCCUUUGAUCCGCCACCCGAGAUUCUCAGAUUCGGAUGAUGAUGACUGCGUUCCGCUCAGGUUCAAGAGACCUCGUCUUGUAAAAAAACAUCGUCAAAGUGAAGGAGGAGAAGAAGAAGAAAUUCAAGGAAAAAAUAAAGAUUAUAUAGAUUUUGAAGCCAAAGAAACAAACGAACACAGGACAGGUUACCGUAACCCUAAUAUUGUGGUAACCCUAAGUGACCCAGGACUGCUUGAUUGCCCAAUUUGCUUUGAACCCUUGACCGUUCCUGUCUUCCAGUGUGAUGGAAAUGGACAUUUAGCUUGCUCAUCUUGUUGCGCCAAAAUCGAAAACAAAUGCCCUUCCUGUUCCUGCCCCAUUGGAUCGAACCGUUGCUCGGCCAUCGAGAAGGUCGUGGACUCAAGCACAACUUCUUGCCGAAACAAAAAGUACGGCUGCGCUGCUUCGGUGACUUACCACAAGAAAAAUGAACAUGAAAGGACAUGUGCAUAUUCGCCUAGUUGUUCUUGCCCCUAUUUGGGUUGCGAGUUUGUCUCAUCAGUCAUGGAGUUAUACCGGCAUUACAGCAAUAAUCAUGGGGAUUCUGCAAUAGAGUUCGUGAGCGACAACUUGUUUUCCAUUUCAUUGAGGAAGUAUGACAAGUUUGUUAUUCUUCGAGAACGGGAUGUAGGUACCUUAUUCAUUCUUCACAAUAGUGUUGAUGAUCUUGGAAAUGUGGUCAGCCUUAGCUGUAUUCAACCAAUCUUCAAGGAGGGCUUCAUCUAUAAACUUGUGGUUAGACACAGAGAAAGUGAUUCCCUCAAAUUACGGUCAGUGACACAAAGCAUUCGAAGCCUGCAGGCUUAUCCUAGACCUCCCAGUUUCCUUCUAAUCCCGCGUGAGUUCUUCUCUUUGGAUUCAAAUUGCGGUCACCUCGAGAUGGAUGUGCACAUAUAUAUGGCAGAGGAAGAGCACGAUAGAUUCUAAUAGUAAGGAGAGGCUUGAUUAACACAUAAAUAAACCAUAC